AUGGCUGAGCUUUGGAGACGCGGGGGCCGGUGGGUGCGCGCGUGUCCCCGCGCGGAGGAGGGACGAAGGCGGCCCGUGCGCGCGCGGGUGGAUCUCCAGACCUGUUAUUUACGCCUUUCCAUUGGAAAUCUCGCUAUUUAUACGCGCCGACCUCGCCCAGCCCCCCGCGCGCCGCCUGUCUGGAGCAAUUACGGGUGUCUCGGCUCCGAGGCGGACGCACGCAGGGACCGCGGUGUCUCCCCCACCCUCCCCAAGGCCGGCAAUUGGGAUUCUUGUCAUUUCAUCACCGUUUGGCGUCCGCUCAAAGAGGUGCAAAGAGGGGAGGAGCGCAGAGCCCGGCGCCUGGACCUUUCCAAGAACCGCCCCCCACCCACCCACCUUUCCAAAGGCGGAGAGGGAGAGGGGACCGGGGCGCGCAGGGACCCCGGAUUUGGGAAGUUGGAGGCUGCUGCGCGCGUUUCCACGGAGGGAUGGAGAACCCGGCGGAGGCCCCGUCGGAACACGGGGAGCGCGGGUGACAUGGAAAGCGCCCGAAGGACCCCAACUCCAAGUGAGAAGAAGGAACGGGGCCCGGUGUCCCCAAACCUGGACCCGAGCGCUGAGGAUCCGCGCGGCCGCCUCCCGGGUCUGCAGCGCCCGCAGAAAGGAGCUCGGAUCCCCGGGAGGAGAGUUUCGUGCAGACCGGGUCGUUUCUACCAGACCCCGGCAGACCCCGGAUCGAGGCCGCCGCCCCCACUUAGCGCCGCGCUGACACCCCGGCGUGGCCCUGUUGAUCUAAUGAACGACACGUCAGGUCUCAUCUCCCUUCGCCUGACGUGGGAAUCCCUGGCAGCUGCUGGGGGUGGCACCGUCCCCGGAACCGGGAGGGGGACGGGGGCCCGGGCUCUGCUGGGACUCACUGAUGCCGACUGCAUGGGACUCAGAAGCUCCCCCCACUCAACAGGCCCUGCUGUGCGAUGCUCCCCUCCCUGUGUCCACGUGUCCUCAUUGUCCAACGCCCACCUGUGA